CAUCUUUGCGGUCCAGCGGCUGAACCCCGAUUCUAAAACCCUUGUUUGAUGCAUACUCUGAUUCAUAAAGUUCUUAAAAAUCCCGCCUUUUCUGUCUCUUCAACCCACAAAACACUAUCCCUAAUUCCACACCCAUUUGCUUGUUGCAUCAAGAACCAGGUCCGAAACAUGAGUUCAGGACGCAUGUUCCAGCUGAGACUCGACCCACUUACAGGCAACUCGGAAUGGGUUGUAAUUGAAGACGAGAGAGAAGAAAUGGCUACCGCCGGUGCUACAAAGCAUCUACUGGCCCCAACAUCGUACCUUGACAUGCUGAACGAUUCUCGCAGAAACAGAGCCUAUCGAGAAGCCAUUGAUAAGACUGUAACAAAUUCUUGUCAUGUUUUGGAUAUUGGGGCUGGAACUGGAUUACUAUCAAUGAUGGCUGCAAGAGCAAUGGAAUCCAACAUGCCAACAGUUUUGUCUAAUUCUGUCGGUGGUACAGUUACAGCAUGUGAGUCAUAUCUUCCUAUGGUAAAGUUGAUGCGCAAAACAUUGCGUAUUAAUGAGAUGGAAAGAAAAGUUCAUAUCUUCCAUAAGCGGUCUGAUGAACUACAAGUUGGAAUUGACAUCCCUUCAAAAGCAGAUGUUCUUGUCAGUGAGAUACUUGACUCUGAAUUGUUAGGGGAAGGUUUGAUUCCUUCUUUGCAGCAUGCAUAUGAUAGACUUUUGCAGCCAAACCCCAAAACAGUACCAUAUCGAGCAACUACGUAUGGGCAGUUGGUUGAGUGUAACUAUUUAUGGAAGUUGCAUGACUUGCUUGGAAAUGAAAUGAAUGUGUUGGAUGACAUUCAACUUGUUCCAAUGAACCUCAAGAAAAUCUUAAAUGUCAAAUCUCAACGAUUUGACAUGCACUGUGAUGCAAUAAGAGAUGAAAUAAAACUGCUAUCAGAACCCUUCAAAAUUUUUGAAUUUGACUUUUGGAGAAGGCCAGAAAGUAGAGGGGAAGUUAAAAUAAAUGUGACAGCAACAAAUAAUGGUACAGCCCAUGCUCUUAUUUCAUGGUGGGUACUUCAGCUUGAUUCUGAAGGAACAAUAUUUUAUUCAACUGCCCCCAAAUACUUGGAUGAUGCAUUUCCAGAUUCUGCGGAUUGGUGUGACCAUUGGAAACAAUCUGUUAGUUUCAUUCCCGAAAGAAGUGUGUCCAAUGGUGAAGAGGUCCUCUUACAUGCUACUCAUACUGAUAUCACCACCACAUACAAGUUGGAGAGUCGCGAUUCGUUUAUGUCAGAAAUUGAACUUUGUUCUGACGUUGAUAGACAAUUUCAAAUCCUGUUAUCGCCAGAAAGAGUGGCAAUCUACAGAGACAACGAUUGGAGAUCCUCAAUGUUGAAAGCUGUAAAAUAUGCAUUGCAGUUGAAGGGAGAAACUAGUCCACUAUGUGUAGUUGCAGAUGAUAGUCUUUUCUUAACAAUAGCGAUUGCUAAUUCCUCGAAAGAAGCACAAAUUGUUUCAUUAUUUCCUGGAUUGCAAAGGGAUGCUGUUCAGUAUUUGCAAGCUGUUGCUUCGGCUAAUGGUUACUCGAAGGAUCAAAUCAAAGUUCAUCAGAAGUGCAAAAGUAGCCUCACCAUAUAUGACGACGCUUGUCAGAAAAAGGUAGACAUCUUGAUCGCUGAACCAUUUUAUUUUGGAAAUGAAGGCAUGCUGCCUUGGCAAAACCUGCGAUUUUGGAAGGAAAGGACUUUGCUCGAUCCUAUCCUGUCUGAUGAUGUAACAAUAAUGCCUUGGAAAGGAUUGCUGAAAGCUCGAGCCAUGUCACUUCCCGAUCUGUGGAGGAGUAGGUGCAGCCUAAAAGAUGUAGAAGGCUUUGAUCAUUCCUGUGUAAAUUCUGUCUUAGGGGCUUGCGGUGAUUUACCUGCUCCACAAGAAGGCCCCGUUUUUCCUUUCUUUAUCUGGCAGUGUGGAAGAAGUGAGGCACUAAGCGAAGAAUUUACAGUAAUGGAAUUUGACUUUUCACAGCCAAUGGCUGGAUGUUCUGGAAAAGCUAAGGUUGAAUAUACAAAACCUGGUAUAUGCCAUGGUCUUGUGUUUUGGAUAGAUUGGGUAAUGGACAGGAAGAAUUCAAUUGUGAUAUCAACCGGGCCAGAUGAAAGAUAUUGGAAACAAGCGGUUAAGCUUUUCUCCAAGCCGGUGGCUGUAGGAUCAAAUCUAGUCGAUGCUUCAGCUGAAGUCGAGGCCACAUUUGAACCAUCUACUGCUGAUCUAUGCAUCAGAUAUACUGCGGUUCAAUAAUCUUCUCAUGUCUCUGGUUAGUAAAUUUGUAUUUGUGACAUUUUACAAAAGAAAAUUGAUGUCAGUUUACAUUUUCAGAAACAAAGGAAAAUGUGUUUUUGAAAUGAUAAACAAUUUAUCAUUGAUUAAUUCAA